CGUACUACAAUUUGAUUUGACAUUUGUUUGCUUCCGUCGGUGUAUAAUUUUUUGUUGGGUUUUUUUUCAACAAAUUAAACAAUUUACAACUUGCUUUUGUUCGAUAAAAUGGUCUGUUCUCGUAAGAGAACCUAAUCUUGGAUGGAAAUCCGUAAUGGAGUUUAAUGAUAUUCACACAAAUGAGGUAUUAGGCCCGGUAGACGUUAAUUUUUAUGCAGAAAUAUCUGUUAGUCCUACACCUGUUCUAUCAACCACAACAAUUUGCGACUUGGAGGACAUUUUGAGCGACGCUAUAUCAGAAUCUCUUCAAGGUUCAUUACGAAUAAGCCGCAGUCAGUUGAUAAACCAAGAGCUGACAAUACGACCAGAGGCCAAUAUAGAAGCCAACGUGCCAGAAGGCUUGGAUCUUUAUAAAGUUAUAUUUGAAGUUGAGAGUGAUUCCGAAUCAAAAAUGGGUGAUGUUGAUGAUGCUGCUGUCCAACAGAACACAGUAAAGGAGCAGGAUUCGUGCCGACUCGUUGGCGGGUCGAAGUUCUAUGAGGUGAUGGAAGGAUCGUCGGCUAACGCCUCCACACCUUCGCCCACAGAGAAACAUGACCAUAUGAAGCCUAUUGAAAGCGACGAUGAAGUGUCAGAUGUAGACCAGGAAUGCACUGUGUUCAGCGGGGUCAGUUACCUCGGGGCACAGAAUAUAGCGGACCCGAAGUCGGAGAGUGAUAUCCAGCGCAUCAUGAAGGAAUUAAGUUCCAUGCCGGAGAGCAGAGACGGCAUCGCUGUUUCUAUAUCUAUACCUGUGUGCUCACAGGGACUGGUUGUAUUAUACCAGGCCGACUCCAACAGCGUGAUGACGCGUUACGCCGUCAACCGGAUAUCGUUCUACGCUCGUGGUGCGGCCGGCUCGCCGGUUGCCUCCUGCUUCGCGUUCACUUGGUCCCAUGGAGAGACCAAGGAGUCGGCGGUGUACCGCUGUCACGUGUUCCGUUGCCAUAUUGCUGAAGCUGUGAAUCAGGUGUCAAGUUGUUUCGCGAAAGCUUUUGAACGCAUUCCGCGUUCCAUGGCGUCGUCGUUGGUCGGCGAGUUGAGCGCAGCGCCAUCUAUGACCGGGUCCCUAACCGAAACGUUGGGCCCUGCUGUGCCUUCAAUGCAGCUUAUGCAUGUUUUGGAGUGCACUGUUGAUAUUAAAGAGACUGAUGCAAAGGGAACAUUUAGUCACGUACCCAAAGAGCGUCUCGGCUUCAAGUUAAGGGGCGGCAUAGAUAAGCAAGUGACGAUCAACGUACAGCAAGUCACCAACAAUGUACAGAUUGAGCCGGACGAUUUACAAACCUCAUACAUUGGCGGACUGUACAUUGAAAGAUGUUUCGGUAUACUCCUCGCGCCGGGCCGAAGCGUGAAACACUCCGAUAUGAGACUGUUGGAAAUGGUGAGCGGUUCAGCAGGCGGGUCCAGUUGUUCAGUUUGCGCGCUCUGGAACGCGGGCGAGUCGGCCCUGGCUGCGUUCAAUGUAGCCAGCGGGGAGGGUGCGCCGGCCUACAUGUCGCUCGCACUCGACCUAGUCAUUAGAGGCAUACCGGAUCCAUUGCGGUUGGUAAUUGAAACCCCAGUAAAAAUCUUUCCGCCAACAGAGAGAUUUUGGUACUAUUUUAAAAGGCCGCUCGUGCAACAGUUCUACAUAAAUCUCAAAGAAAAUACAGAUACAUUAGGCCAGUUGCAAUAUGAAGUGGCAAAUGUGGAGACGUCGGGGGAGCUGGACAGAUCGCGGCUGAACCUUCCGCUGUCAUUGUCUAGUCUGCUCCCUUCCCCUUUAUCCACCGCGCCCGCACCGCCAUCCCCUUCAGAACCGGACUCAGAUGGCGAUGAACCUUUAUUAAGUGGCACUGGUGAAGUAUCAAAAGACUGUGGAGAGGAUGUUUUAGUCAAUUGGGCACAAGUUCUCAGGAGUUGGACCGGCCCUCGUCCUCGCGCUCUAAAUCAGCUGGUUCGCGUGGGUGUGCCGGAGGCGUUGCGAGGUGAAGUCUGGCUGCGUCUCGCUGGCAUCGACCAAAACGACAAACUUAUGGAGACCUAUAGAACACUUAUUAGCAAAGACUGUCCGUUCGAGGCGGUGAUCCAGCGCGACAUCGCGCGCACGUUCCCCGCGCACGACUUCUUCCGCGAGGCGGGCGGGCUCGGCCAGGACUCGCUGCUACGGAUGGCGCGCGCGUACGCCGUCUACGACCACGAGGUCGGCUACUGCCAGGGACUGAGCUUCCUCGCCGCCACGCUGCUCCUACAUAUGCCGGAGGAACAGGCGUUCUGCUUGUUAGUGCGCCUCAUGUACGGAUAUGGUCUACGUGAGUUAUACAAGGACGGUUUCGAGGCUCUAUACAUGAGGUUACAUCAGCUGGACAGGCUUAUGGAGGAACAACUGACAGAUCUCCGCGCACACUUCCUAGAGCUGGGCGUCGAGACGCACAUGUUCGCGUCGCAGUGGUUCCUAACAGUGUUCACCGCGCGGUUUCCCUUACCAUUGGUUUACCAUAUUUUGGACGUGUUCCUCUUGCAAGGCAUGGACACAUUAUUCCAAGUUGCGCUCGCUCUACUCUCACGUUCCAAAAAGGAUUUAUUAACACACGACUUCGAAGGAGUACUGAAAUAUUUUAGAGUGACUUUACCAAAGAAGUGCCGUGCAGAGGAGUCGUCGCGACAGAUCGUGAAACUGGCGUGUAGCACGAAAGUGAAACGAUUACAUAAGUAUCAAUUAGAAUACGAAAAGUUAGUUAAAGAGUCUGCCGAAAAAGAGAAGAUUAAUGUGGAAUUGGAAAGACUUAAAGGCAUAAAUACACAGCUACAGCAAGAUAAGGAUGCGCUGGAGUCGCAACUUACAGAGGCGCGUAUAGCUUUGGACGAGGCUCGGAAAGACGUGUCGCACUUCACAGGCGUCGCGAGUGACUAUCGUGAGAUCUGCGCUAGACUCGACCGCCAGCUACAUACUUUGCAGGAGUAUACGAAGGAUUGUGUCAAUUGUAGCUUAAAGUUGGCACAAAAGGAUAACAAAGAAGAAUCGGAACAGGAAGGUGAUGAGAAGGAGGAGGGGUUUAGCGACACGGAGGCGCAGCUGCGGCAGCGCGUGCGCGAUCUAGAACUAGAACUCGCUCAAGUGAAGCUCGCACACGUGCAAGCUCAGUGCAGCAAUCAGGAACUGAGCCAUCAACUGAACUCAGCACUGAACGAAAUGCAAACGGCCAUGAACCAGCGACAGUCGGUAGCGCCCUGGCUCGUUCGCACACUCAAUUCCAUCAUGGAAGCGACGCAGACACGACCCACUUUCCAAACGUACGUCCCGAGCACGAACCAAGAACAACCUCAAUUAAAUAGACAAGGCUCGUUCACUAAUAUACAGAGCAACAGCCAAGCGAAUCUAAACAGACGCGUCUCGGACCCCUACAGUCCAGAUGUCGUCCGGAGGAAGAAGGAUAUCAACGCCAAGAGGCACUCUAUGCUUGUAGAAUCCAACCUUGCGAAAGAGGCAAAGGAAAACAACCGACGGAGCCACGAUGUUACCAGCAUUAAAAAACUCUCAAUGGGUUGACACCACCGUUCCAUUUACAAAAUUUGGGGCAUCUGAGUUGUUCGGCGUCGUACCUCCAACGUCUACUAUCUAUGGUCACAGUUAUGUAGACGUGCAAAUGUCUUAUGUUUGUAUUUAAUUUUUUUUUGUGUUUAACUCUAAUGAUUGUGAGUGAUAUUUGUCGUAAUACGGUUAUUUGAAGUGGACAUUAAUAUGAACAGUUUAUGUGAAAUUCAUGCAUGUGUUUACGCCCCUCAGUCAUGUUCAUGUUACAGACAAUACGGAGGGUCUAUAUUUACAAGAUAAUUAUUAUAUAGGUAUGAUUUAAUUAAGGAUCUGUCAUUUAAAAGAAUAUUUCAUUCAUUGAUGUCGUAACCUGUAGGGUGCAUCUAAUAACAAGACUAUUGUUUACUAUCUUACUUUCAGCUAAUACUUUUUAUUUCCUUUGCCUUCUAAUAUAGUCGUCUGGUAUUGUUAGGCAAAUAAUGUGAAUUUUAUACACGUAUAUAACAGUAAUAGUACACAUAUAAUAAAUAGGCUGUUAUAUAAAACUGUCACUAGUCAUUAUUAUUUAUUUACGCAAAGUUCAUAAAAUAAUAUUAUCCUAAAAGAAAUUAAAUUACAUUUUUUUUUUUGUUAAUAUUAUUAUAAAGGCGAUUAAAUUACUGAAAUAAUAUGUUUAAAGUAUUAAUUUUGUAAUAAAACGCCACUUUUAAGAAACUACGAAGCUAAAGAAAUGGUAGCUAACAAAUUUAAAGGAUUACGCGUGUUAUUGGUAUUAUAUGAACUUUUUAAUGCACAUUCAUUUCGUGCGAUGUGUAUUUAUUUCUAGCAAUGUGUAUAUAUAUUUUUUUUUAUUAAGUGUCGACCAUUCGGCCACAACUCAGACUUAAGGGCUCUUGCUCCAUUAUGCGCUAUAUGAAGUAAAACAAGUAGAUGAGUAGCUGAUUAUAAACAUAGGUUAAUCCGUAAACAACGCGAAUACCUUUAUUAAUGGAAACCAUGCGUGCAACUAAUAAACUGUGAUGAUAAUAAAUAGUGGUAAAAAUGCUAUUUAUUGAUAGCCUACAUUUUGUAGCAAGCUCUUUCAAUAGUACCAUGUCUAAAGUAUUUUUUUGUCAACCAUUUAAAUCUUUUUAAGUAUACUUCAUGUAGGAACUUGAAAUUUAAGCAGAAUCCUUUAGUAGGCUUUUUGGGUAUACACAAAAAAAAAAUUGCACGUGAAUAACGCAUACAGUUGUGAUAUCUAUUUGUAGUCGAGUUCGUGGUCGUGACCAUUCUGUAAAAGGGCCGCGUGCCCGGUCCUGUCAUAAAGCAAUGUAUAUUUUUAGGUUUUCAUUAUUUCGAAAUAAAGCUAUUCAGUAAUUUACUUUUUGCAAGAUCUGAUGCCAUAGCUAGUGCCUUUGCGUUUGUAUAGGUUAAGUCUAGUUUAUCCAUGAGUUUCGUUUUGCUUAUGAAUGUAUUAAGCGAGUCUGAACGACCCAGAAAACUUGAUAUUAUAUUAAAUGGAAAUAUAAAGUAAAUAGUAUUAUUCUAUAUAAAUAAAAGUAGAAAUCGUCUAUCGUAACUGAUCGCACAUUUAAAAUAUCUUUGUCUAGAAACAAGAAGUUUUCUAUUGCAUGUGCACGUAACAAAACUUAAGCCACUACGGGAGAUAACGGGUUCGCAGUGGCGAAGCUGUAUUUUAGUUAGUUAUGUAUAUUAUUGUAUGCUUUAUCCAGAUUUUUAAUUAUGAAUAUUCUUUCUAAUACAUUUAAUAUUAUUUUUAAUUAUAUUGUUAUCAUAUAAAAAAAAUAAUUAAUUGGGGUUCCUUAUAAAAUUUAAGCGACAACGGCAUAUAACUUGUUAAUGGGACACUGCUUUAUGUGAUCUAAGUUUUUAAUAUAUUUAUUUAUAUUCUUUCUUAUUUUUUAUAAAAUUAUCAUAUUAUUUUAUGAGCUGUCUAGUGAGUUACUGAACUAUUAAUUUUAUAAAAAAAAAAACCUAUAUCUGACGGGUUUCUCUUGUUGUUACUAUAACAUCGUAAGUAAUUAAUUAAUAACGACUAAUUAUGAUUAUUUAAAUUUGUAAUGUGUAAAGUAGAAUAUUAUAACUAUGAAAUAUUUGAAAUAAAAUAUAUUUAAAAAUGUAAUAAAAAUAUAGUAAUGCAAUUUAGGAAUUAUGGGUGUCGUGAACGGGUCGUUUGUAAAGGGACAAUUCUCUCGCGUACAGACCAAUAGCUGCGUGAAACGAAACGAUUUUCGUAUAUUUAACGAUUAGGAAUUCUUCUUCAAUUCUUUUAUUUUACUUGUGACAACUCGAUUUAUCAUUUAAUUACUGAGAAGAGUACAUUUAUGGUGUAAUGAUCAUUUGAUAAUGAUGUAUUAGCGGUAUCUACUUACUAUGUCAUCACCACCGGCCACUGGAAAUAUAUAAACUUUUUAUCAAAAAUUGCGAAAAAAUACCCAAAUUGACAAUGUUGGCACUGUUAUUCAACCAUUAGAUUGGUUAUUUGCCGACUAUUCUCUGACUCUUUUUGGGCAUUUUUAUCACUGUCUUUGGUGCAUCGUCCAUUUUUCCUCCAAGCCAAGUUUCCUCCUGACUAUACUUGAUAUAGAGUUAUUAGAAUUUUCUUUUAUUAUAUAGUCUUUGGAAGGGUUUGGAACUUCUGAUAGUAAUAGUGGUGGUCAAUCUUCGAAUGUUAGCAGUUACAUACAUACUAACGUUAGUGGAAUUCAACAAAAUAAUUUUAAUCAAAUAAUUAAUAAUAAUGUAAUUCUUUUACUACACAUAUGAAAGUUUAUUUUCACGAAAUUUAAAACGACUAUCGAGUAAAAUAAAAGGACAAGAAGGGUUUAAAUGUUUAUUUUAAUUUAUUUAAUGUGUGCACAAGAGGUUAUUAUAAAUAUUGAUUGGUAGAGAUUACACUAAUUCGUUUAUUGCCUCUAAAAUGAUAAAGACUAUAUGUGUCUCGAAAGGUCUUGCUUAAAGUGUUUUAAUGCAUCAGUAAUAUAAAAUUGCCUUUAUUUUUUACAUAUGUGUUCAAAAAUUAGUGAUUUGUUUUUUUUUUCGAUUCUUGUCAUGCAUCUACAUCGUUUCUUUGUGCGUUCGUAGUAAAUUCUUUUUGAAGAAUUAUGUAUUGAUUAUAAUUAUAGCUCAAUUAGUAUUAUUGGGAGUAUUAUACACUAUUAAACAUUAUGUAAAAAUUAUAUGACGGUUAGUAAAAAAAUAAAAUUAUAAUAAAAUAAUUUUACCUCAAAAGAUUUACUUUACUGCAAAAGCUUAAUCCAAAAUACUCUUGGUCUAAUAUUUUGUUUGAUGUCUAUUUAAUUAAUAAAUAAAAGUAAUUAAUGAAACGAUUUCUUUAGAAUAAAAAGGAAAAUUCAAAAACCGUUCGAGACAUAUUUUGUCUUAUUAUUAUUAUUUUUUUUUAUACAUAAAAUAAUUUAUCUUUCAUUGUUCACAUUAGUGCUAUUUAUUUGUUAGCGGGAAAUAACUUGAUGAAAACCAUAGACAACGAAUCUUGCGCAGUAGACGUUUAUAUGUUACUGAGCAAGUCACGUGGUAUGAAAAUUAUGCUCAAGUUAUUUACCAAUAUCCAUAUCGCCAGUUACCAGGUUUUCGUGUAAAGUUCAUUGUCUCUUAUGCAUUGUGUAAGAUUGUUAAUACACGUUAAUACUAAACAUUUUUCUAUAAGGUACACCACAACUGCAUUAUGUCAUGUUUUAGAAGUUAUAUGCACAUUCCUAUAAAAUAAUUUCAAUGGCCAUAACUCUUCUAAGUUAAUGCAAAAUAAUUACAAUAUUGUAUAAUAGUUACCCGUCAUAUAAUAAGCUUGUGUAUUCUUUUAUAUUGCACCAUAUAGUCAAUAGAAGAGGUGCGCACAGAAAAAUAUUACACAGGCGGCGCCGGAAUUUCAUAUAAAAUUACUCUAGCGGAUGAAUAUUGCAAUUACUUUUUGGCGCCAUUUGUAUAAUUUUGCAAUUGCAAAAUAUUAAUUAAUACGAUAUAAAAAGUUUUUAAUUUAAUUUAAUACAUUAAUGAUAUUAUAUGGAGGCCAGAUUAUGAUAAUUUUAUUAGGUAUUGAUUUUGAAUACCAUAUAAUAUCUAGUACCUGUAUAACCGCUCUUAUGAUUUUUUUUAGUUAUUUAACUUUUAGGUAAUGCUAAGUAUUGGAAACAUUCUAUAAUAUAUCAAAAUCGACAAUAACAUAUUAAUAUUUGGUGUUUUGUAUGUUGUACAUUAUGUAAUCGCAGAAUUAACAAUAUCAGUUGAUAAUACCUAAAAAAAUAAGAAAGAAAAGGCCUCUUUUACUAAGAAUAGCAAAAACGUAUUUUUUUAUAUGAUUUUACAUCACACUAUGUUACUUACAUUGAUUUAACAUGUUGUGGUACUCUUGAUGUCCAAGCCUGUAUCUCCGUACUUUUAAUUUCAUUGCUUUGCAUGACUGUAUUUUGAUUUAAAUAUACCAUAUAUUGAAAUUACUUUAGUGAAAUUAUUUUGUACGGAGACAACACAAAAAAAUGAGGCUACUAUUCCAGACGUAGUUGUUUAUAAUUAUUUUAAUAUGUAGUAUGUUUUGUUAUAUUGUGUAUUUAAAUUUUAUAUUGCUAAGCAGCUAGUUGCCCUAUAUAAUUAAAGAAAUAUAUGUAUGUAUGAAUGUAUGAUGAUGAAAUAAGGACAUCUUAGUCCUCAAUAAAUGUAACGCACGAGAGGUACCAUAUAUGCAUCAGUGUAUUCUGUAUUGUUUAUAAUAAUAUUAUUGUUCUUCUAUGGUUCUUGUUUAUAAGCGACUGUUCUCACUUUUCAGAACUGUCAACUUGUUUGUCAUUCAAAUUCAUAUAAAAAGCUACAAAAAAAAAAAAUGUUAGUACAUAACGUCCAUGCUAUUCUUAAUAAAGAGUAAUUUGUAAACAGUAUCUAUGAAUGGCGUGAAUUUACUGCGUACAGAGGAAUAACACCUGAGUCCUCAGGAAUUGCAACGCAUGGGGGGUAUCAUGGGCGAAACAGUAUACUCUGUUAUGACCAAUGGUACUGCUCAUCUCUAUAGGCGACGGUUACCACUUUCCAUCAGGUUGACCGUCAGCUUGUUUGCCAUUCUAAGUUGUAUAUAAAAAAAUCUUUUCUAUCUUCUAUAUUAUAUUUUUUUAAACCCAAAUUUAUGUUGAGCACUAUCACUCAUUAUAUUGGAAGUUUUAAUAUAUAUUCGAUUGGUUGCUUUAUCUUAUAACAUUUAAGAUAUGCCAUAUAAACCAUAAUAGCAAUGUGUCAAGAUAUUAUUAAUUUUACUCAUUUAAUUUUAAUUGUUUAUGAUGUAAGGCGUUUUUCUUUUGAUCUCUAAUGUGGUAUUACGAAAUUAUUUAUAUUAUACGUAUUCUGAUUCGUAUUUUCGUUGUAAAUUAUUGAAUACAACUAACAAAAUAUUUAGCGGUUGAUUUUUCUUCAAAUCGUCAUACCUACAUAGAGAACUAAUCCUGAUCUCUGUUAUUUGAUGUUUUUUUUUUCAAUGUGAAUUACUUUAAGUUAUAUUUACUCAAAAGUUAUUUAAUGUAUGUGUGACCAAUUCGAAUAUUUAUAAGUAAUGGAGUCCGAAUGGAAAAAUGUGCAUGCUAUUCUGAAUUCAGAAUGGACGUGGAAUAGACUAGAAUUCCACGCUCCAUCCAUUUCAAAUACUAUAACCCUAUGUAAACGCUUACGACUGUUAAUGCUUUCAACAGUGUUGUAGGUGGGGACAUUAUGUUCUAACAUAGAAUAAUAUUAAAUAAGCUUUAUAAAUAACGCCAGAUUCAUAGAUUAGUGAUGCAACGUUAGAGUGAGUUGUAUUCGCUAAGACAGUGUUGUUUUAGUCUGUCAUUUAUUGAAAUAAACAUUUUACAAUGG